AAAAAUAAUAACUAAAAUAUAAUUAUUAAUUUAUUUUAAUAAUAUCUCAAAAAAUAUAAAAAAAAUUAUACCUUUUUUGGAAUAAAAUUAUAUAAUAUAUUUAUAAUAUUAUAUCUAUAUGGACAAUAAUAAUAUAACGAUUUGGAUUGAAAAUUUGGAUUUAAUCAAACAAAAUUUUACAAACUUCGCCAAAUUCGGCGAUAUAAAAUCACUGGGAAAGUGUAUGAGUAGCAAAAAUUUCGAUAAAUGGAUGAAAGAGAGCAAAGUAAUUGACGGAAAGAUUAUAAAAUCAACCGACACCGACAUUGCUUUUACGAAAAUUAUAGGAAAAAAACUUAAAGGUACAGGACCUAUCAAAAUGAUAGAUUUCAGUGAUUUAGAGAACGUUUUUCAAGAGAUAGCCAAUCACAUCGUCAAGGAAUUACAAAAAAAGAAAAAGAACAUGACCUUGGAUGAGCAAAUGUCGGAGAAGGAUCAAAUCUUUAAAAAUAUUACCCUGAAAAUAUCUGAAUGCAAAACGCCACAUGUUCAAAAUAGAGAAAUAAUGAAUAGAGACGUGGUAUCGCGAUUAACCGAUUCAUCAAAAUUUACAGGAACUCAUAAAGAGAGAUUCGACGAAGCUGGAAAAGGUAAAGGUUUAGAUGGUAGAAGGGAAAAAUGUUCCAACAAUGGAUAUGUCCAAGGUUCCAAAAUCAAGCAAGAAAUAUUAAAAAGAUGACAACUAUCUUUGAAGGAAAUAUCUUCAAUGAAAAUACAAAGAAUGUUGAAACAUCGCAUAUCUCUUUAUUUAACAAUCUCACGACUAUUUAAUAUAAUAAAAUGUAUAAACAAGUAUAAUAAUCAUUUAAAUAUAUUAAAUUAAUUGAAAUAUUCUAUUAAAUCCUAUUUAAUUUUUAUCAAUGUGUAUAAAUUAUAUAAAAUCGAAAAA